CAGGGGAAUGUCUCACUGCUGUAACUGUUUUAGGAAGUGACACCGUGCCACUCAACAUCAGGAAACUGUUUCUAUUAAUAGGGGGUUAGUUCGUGAAAGCUGUUCAUGCGAAGAGCCUAAAUUCAGCAGGAAAGAAAGAAGGGCUUAACUCCAAAAAGUGAGGACAGCCAUUGACAAGGACAGAUGUUUUGUGCUGUGGGGUUUACAGGGAUGAACUUGACUUGAUGAAGUACGGUCAUGAGUUGCAACAAAUUACUCUGGUCAAUGUUUGUUCAGCUCCCCAUUGACUGUACUCUGUGUUGACAUCUCAAACAGCAUGUCUAUUGAUUCUUCUAACCACAUCAACCUUGAAAUCUCAUAGCUCAGGCUGCUUUGGACACUUGGCCGUUGUGUACAGUUUUAGUGCAACGUUUAGCAUAACCCCAGCUUUAGUACCCUGACUUUUCUCUUUCUCAAGAGAACAAAAUAACUAUAAAGAUAAUUUGAUAUAAACGUAGGCAUAUUAAGUACAGUUAUGUUUAUAAAAGUUAUAGAUAUUUGAAUAAUUAAUUGAUAAAAUAGAUCCCAUAAUUUGUCUUCCAGCAAUGUCUGGAUUCCACUCCACGUGCGAGCUGUUGAUUGUCCAUUCUAGCGAGGCUCAGGAAUGGGCAAUGUAUCUGCAAAAAAUCUUGACGACUUCACGGAAGUUUCCCAAGAGGUCUAUCGUAUUGUAUGCAGUUGACUGUGCUGAUCAGCUACAUGGAUGUGACCUCAACAUUUCCCAUAAUAGUAAAUGCAUUGUGCUGCUACUGACAGCCGCAUUCCUAGACAUUCUAGAUGACCCUGAAGUCCUGGGCACUUUUCAGAGACUCCUACACCCUCCACACAGAGUGGUGGUGCUGUUGUGUGGAAUAUCAGAGGAUGACAUAUUGACUGAAUGGUUUGAGGACUGGCAGAGCUGGAGAAAACUUUAUCCUGAAGAUGAACCUGCUCUCUACAUCUCCACCAUUCUACAAUCCAUUGCUGACAGUAAUACAGAAGAGGCUGGACAUAAUGUGGGAGCUAUGGCAACAACAGAAGCAAAAGUCCCUGUGGUCCAGAACCCCAAAGCUGAGGGGACAGAGGAUGAGUCAGUGACAGAACCAGAGUGUGUCCAGGAUGAAAGUGACAAUGUGAGAACAGAGGUCCACUCAAACCAGGCAACGAGCCCCACACAUCCCUCCUGCCUCACUGUACAACCAAACAGAGUUCUAUGUGGGGACCAUGCAACUAUUUUCAUAAUCUUUUCAAAUAAACUGCACAACCAAUUGAAAGUGGAGGUGGAGUUUUCCUCUAAAGAUUCAGCUGCAAAACGGGUUUUAGGGAUUUUGGAGAAUGAAUACACCAUCAGUGUUAAUGCGCCUGAUAUGCCAGCAGGAGAGGUGUCACUCACUCUGCAUGGCAAUGACUCACCAGUCUGUUUGAGGCCUGUAACAUACUACACAGCCAUGGGAGAAGUCAGUCGUUACCUUGAACUUGCAGCUGCUCCCAUGGACUUUAUGUGUCAGGCAUUCAAUAUCACAUCCAAUGCCACAGAGUCACUUGACAAUAUGCUGACAGACUCGUUAAAAGGCAGGAUUCGUGCAAGUGGAAUUCAUGUGUUUGGAAUCAGACAGAUUGAGAAAGACAAUAUGGCUGCAUAUCAGCGAAAGCAGGAGCUUCCCACCCUGCUUCAUUUUGCUGCAAAGUAUGGGCUGAAGAAGCUUACCACAGUCCUGCUACAGUGUCCAGGUGCCUUGCAGGCCUACAGCGUGAUGAAUAAGAAUGGAGACUACCCAAAUACACUGGCAGAGAGGAGCGGCUUCUCUGACCUGAGACAGUUCAUGGACGACUUUGUGGAGACGGCUGACAUGCUGAAGUCUCAUAUCAAAGAGUCCAUCUCGGCUGAAGAAGAUGAGGAUGUGUACGAGUCCACUUCCAACUCCUCUCGAGAUAUCAUCAUGAAAUAUUCCCUAAACCCCGGGUGCCAAGAAGACAUCUAUGAGUCCAUGAUGGGGUUAAACCCAGACUACAUGGAAGACCUUUAUGAGGACAUGGAGAAGGCAUUAGGAGAGUCGCAUAACCCAGAAGAAAUCAUACUUAGAAAAUUCUUUCAAGGGAAACCUGAUGCAGUUGUGGCCCAAGUUGGGGAGCAUACAGCUAAUGAAGAGGUGGAAGAACCAGAGGGGUUUGAGGAGGAAGACCCUUACAACAUGUGUGCUCAAGAUCAAAUCUAUGACACGGUGGACGAGAAUGCGACCUAUAUCCCAGACAUUUUAAACCGUCCACCAGCUCCAAUUCCGAGACCUGCAACGUUUUCAGAGCCUGAGGAGUCCAAGACCUACAUCUCAAGAGUGUUUUCGGGAAAUGAAGAAUCAAAUCCACAGAGGAACCUCAGAGAAGUCCCAUCAAACACAGUGAGGCCUGUGAGUGACGGAGGGGCCACCUCCUCUUCCCACGACCCCUAUGCUGGAAUGAAGACCCCAGGCCAGAGGCAGCUCAUAGCCUUGCAGGAGAAAGUGAAGGUGGGGGUCCUGAGUGUGGAUGAUGCUGUGCAGGAAUUCAAGACCUGGCAGUUGGACCAGGAUAGGAGAUCUCAGUCUCUGCGCUAUCAACAGGAAAAUCUGAAAAGAUUACGAGACAGCAUUUCCAGACGCCAUAAAGAGGGGGAGAAGAUUGGGAAGGAGAUUGGUCUGGAGAUAAGCGCCCCUUUGCAGAGGAACCUUAACUGGGGCUCGAACAUGGCUGUGGAGUGUUCUGUGUAUGAACCUGCCCCACAGGUCAUGACUGAAACCCCUCCUGUGGCCCAGCCAAUCCAGAGAAGCACUUGGAAGACUGGCAGUACCUCCAGCACAUCCAGUAGUGGCAGUAACAGACUCAGCACACAUAGUAACAUGAGCUACAGCAGUGGAACUGAGCCUGAGUUUGAGGACACAGUUGACUUCAUCCCUCUUCCUCCACGACCCCCAAGGAUCGUUGAGUCCGCACCUCUACUUCCUCCCCCCAGAAUCCCACCACGACUCCCAGACCGGGCCUCAGAGAGUUUGUUGCUGGAGCGUUACACAUCAUGCCCCUCUCGAGCACUUCCUAAAACACCAACUCAGAGGACCACCUUUCCCCCUCCCAUACCCCGGAGAACACGGUGACGCACAUCUCUGCUGAAAUCUGUUCCAAAGUAUUCCCAUGCAUAAUAGAGAGAUAUACCGUAUGUGAUCGUGUACACAUGUCAGCAGGGUUAAAAAUGAUUAUGUUUUAGUCAAUUAUUAUAUCUGUUUUGGCUUCUUGUGGUCAAUUUGCAGUCUAUAAAUGAUGUGUAACUAUGUUCCGGCCCCUGCUCAAUAAAUCUAGUUGAUGGUCGCUGAUUUACAUGAACGUUGGCAUACAUAAAGGUUUGAGUUUGUAGAACAGAAGCACAUAGAACAUGAUCAUCAAGUCAGUCAAUUAAGGAAGUAAACUGAAAUUCCAAUUUAAAUGGCCAAUCUUGGAUUCAAACAUCAACAAAGCACACUUUUUAGGUGAACCGCUGAGAGAUGGGCCUGUAGAAAUGUAAUUUUAAAAAAGGGAAAACAUUUUUAAUGACUUCUUAAUAAAAUAAAAAGAAGCUAUUCAUUUCAAAAGUUUUUCAUUGUUUAGAAUUUUCGAUUUCAAUCAUUUUCCGAAUUGACUGACUUGAAUUCUAACUGACCCCAACCCUACCAUAGACCCAUUGAUACUGUACAUGGAUCUUGUAAUAACUGCAUGCGUUAGAAUUGUAAAGGGUUUUCAACAAAGUGAUCAAAUAAAGAUUGUGUUUGUUUAUCAA